AUGUCGAAUUCCACCGCGGCGGGUAGCGACAAUGGUCUCACAAGCGGUAUUUACACCAGCAGCGCUUGUCUUGACUUGACCUUUGUCUCCGUUUUCACCACUAUUGCCUCCUACAACGUCAUCGAGCUCCUGAUUCUCUGCUUUACCAGAUUCAAACGGAGGGAUGUUUACUUUUGGACGUUGCUAGUUGCAACCCUUGGAAUCAUUCCCUAUAAUCUCGGUUUCAUACUCAAACUUUCUAGCGUUGUGCACAACAAUAACAUCUCGUUGACGUUUACAAGCAUUGGAUGGUAUUGCAUGGUGACUGGCCAGUCUAUGGUGCUAUGGUCACGACUCCACCUCCUCCUUCAGAGUCGGAAGCUGCUGCGUGGUAUUCUGUACAUGAUCGUUGCAGACGCUUUUGUACUGCAUAUCCCUACCACAGUACUUGCCUUUGGUGCCAAUGCGCCAAGCCGUCCCCAGGCAUUCGUGAAUGGAUAUGAAAUUAUGGAAAGGAUACAGCUGAUUGGAUUCUUCAUUCAGGAGACUCUGCUAUCAGUCUUGUACAUCUACAAAACAGUUGAGUUUCUCAAAACUCAUGUCAGAAAUCGUUAUUGGGGUAUACUGCAUCAGCUGCUGGUUAUCAACAUCCUUAUCAUGCUGAUGGAUGCUUCAUUCGUUGCGGUUCAGUACUCAGGUUACUACGCGAUCCAAGUCACUCUAAAGGCGCUGGUUUAUAGCGUCAAGCUGAAGCUGGAGUAUGCCAUUCUGGGCAAGCUCGUCAAGGCUGUCAAUGCACAACGCAAGACCACCGGCUCGUACUGUGACACCGAUCGCACAGACAGGUCCUCCAUCCCAUAA